GGAAAUGGAAACUAAUACACAUAUUCUGCUAAACUUUGGUACACACAGACAGAAUUAUGAUCAGGAGAAACCAUGCAGUAAGCACGCCAUCCGAUCUUUGACAUUUUCUGGUAUCAAACUUCAUUAGACUGGCCGGUUGUUGUCAAGAUGCAAACCGCCGUCGACUGCGUAUGCGUGGAAGAGUUUGUUCAGGAACCUGUGGGCGCAGAGAUGGAACUGGAUGAUAAAGGUGGACUGGACACUCCUUGCUCAGUGCUCCAAGGCAAUCCCUCAGUGUCAUAUACAGACCAGCGCUGCACGUUGGAGAAGUCGAGUGAUGCUGACCGUGGCUUUGAGGCGUUAUGCGCCGGCUUGUCUGCCCAGAGCUCGGCGCCGCAGCUCAUGCCCAGCAAGCGGCACCACGCGUGCUGGGAGUGCGCCGAGCGCUUCAAGACGCUGCACGACCUGAUGGUGCACUUCGACCAGCACCGGACCAGCGGGCAAUGCCACCUCUGCAAGGUGGCGUUCCGCCGCGGGGCUUCUCUGGCCAUGCACCUGGAAAACGCCCACCGAGACGUGGCCCUCGUGUGCCCUGCCGCAUUCUGCAGGGCCAAUCUCCGCAACAGGUGGCUGCUGAACCAGCACAUGGAGACGUGCCACUCGGGCCAGACCAGGGUGGUGCUGAUGGCAGUGGUGGCCGAGGUGAAGGAGGAUGAGGUGGUAGUGGCGGAGGAGGAGGAGGAGGAGCCUCUGCCAAAAGGACAACAAAGUGGAUUCUCAGAAGAGCUUCCCCAGGAGCCUAUGGUGAGUGACCAUUCAUACCACAGCGCCAUAAGCAUUGGCCACACAGACCAUACCUAUAACACCACGAGAAAGAGAACUGACCAUGAUGCCUCGCACAAGCACUAUGCGCUGACCGACGCGCCGCCCUCGAAUGCACAGUGCACGGUGGAAACCAGCCUGACGUGUGAUAGCGAAGCCCAGUCGCACUCAAACAUGGCGGUGAGAACAGAAGCGGGAAACAAAGGCUUCCUGGAGGAGGGUGCACCCAUUCAGUGGGACGAGGUUGAGGAGUUUGCUGAGGAGGAGGUUGGCUCAGGAGAUGAAACUACUGACGAUGUUAAAUAUUCUAAUGAUGAUAAGGAUUAUAGUGAAAGUGAGAGUGAAAGUAGUAGUGAGAGUGAUGGUGAUGGUGAUGGUGAUACUGACUCGUUGCCUGCCGGCGAUUCGAUCUAUGAUCCCAAGGAGUAUGUCAUUUCCAGCUCUGAUUCGGAUUCGGUCUCCUCAGACUCCAGUAACUCAAACACCAAGGGUGGCAAGCACUUGUCUUCUAGCGGACGGAAAAAGACACCAAGCACACCGAUUACGGGCACCGUGGUGAAACCAACAUCCACCCCCACUUCCCAAGUCUCUCAGAAAUGUCCUCACUGUUGGCAAGGCCCUUACCGUGAUCUGAAGACCCACAUGGUCAAGUGCUGUAGCAAAGGUCCAGACAAUUGCAUUAAAUGCUGGAGAGUUUAUGGUCGAUUCAUGGAUUUUAUUUGUGUGGCCUGCAAGAAAACAUUCUCGGGCUCGGACGCUUGUAAGUCGCAUGUCUGCCCCAUGGAGUUUGAAGACAGGCGUACGAGGCGGGACCGCGCUGUUAAGCAACCUGUGGAGUCAGCCCCUGUGGAGUCAGCCCCUGUCUUCUCUCAGCUUCCCCAGCUUUACCAGAUUAUCUCUCUGCUGCCCCCUGGGAUCAUUUACACGCAAGCACAGUCUGGUAGUACUUCUCAGCCUUCUGUUUCGCCCUCGACCAGUAGCACUGUAUUACCCGGCAGCGUGGCCGUGAAGGCAGUCGGCCCGCAAAACACUAAGGCAACCACUCCUACGCCACGGAUGGCCACUGGUAGUAGCCCUGCAGCAUCUGUCCCGACACUGGCCACAGUGGUGACCAUCAGGGAUACUUCAGCCAGCGUCCAGGCGCCCAAUCAGACAGUGCAGUCUCACAUGCUCCUUCAGCCACCUGGACUUGCCUCGCCUUCCUACGUCCCCCUGGCCAACAGCCCAGCCGGUUUAGUGCAUGUCUAUACCCAGAACUCCCCAAAGACCCAGGUGAUUGUUGGUGGUCAGACCCCACCUGACACCUCUGCAUCGUCGAUAAUUUGUGGCCAGACCCUGUCGGGGGCCCCUGCGCCGGUGCUUGUUCACAGUCAGGCCCCUGGCACCUUUCCCGUCCCUACGAUUACUCAUAGUCAAGCACUGUCUGGAAAACCUGCUACAAUUGUCUGUAAUCGGGACCAACUUCCGAUGCCCUCUGCAGUGGUUUUUCGCAGUCAAACACCCAGUAGUGUGCCUAGAUUCAUAGUCGCUCCCAACCAGGGCCAGCCAAGGGCACCCACAGCCGUGGUUGUCCGCAGUCAGGUGCCCCCUGGUGCUCCAGCAGGUACGGCUGCCUCCUCGGCUGUCCGAGGCCCUCCUGGCGUGUCCACUGCCACAGAGGGAGGGCCGCAGCCCUCUCUUCCCACACUGUUUCGCAUACCCACCACAGGCACCAACGCCUUUUUCUUCCCUAUGCCUAAUCAGGCCGUGGGUGCUGCAGGACCCACCGUCGGACAUUUAAUUCCCGUCACAGCCUCCAGUGGUGCCGCAGGUGUCGUCUCGGCGGGACUGCCGCUUCUGUCGAUGAGAGUUCCUGCCCCGACUGGAAUGUCCCUUUCUUUCUCCGGCGCAGCUCAGGCCUCAGGGCAUCCUGUCUCAAGCCAGGUGUCCACCGCUGGCCCCUCCUCACAGGUCUCCAUCUCCAACAGUGUGUGCACCUUGGCCUCCACCUCUCGUGCUGUGCCCUCCGAGGCUUACGUGUCCAGUGCCCUUUGUCCCCAAGUGUCUUCCUCUCUCCCCUCCUCACUGAUCUCAACCACUGCAACAGGCACUGCCUCCGUACCCAUGAAAGUCCCUAAUGUUGCCUCCACUACCCAGAAUCCCAGGCUUCCGGCUAUCCCUGCCCAGUCCACAGCAGCGCCGGCCAAGAGUCCCCCUAUGGUCGUCAUGUCCGACGCGGGUCCACUUCGGAUCUUGUUCAUGUUCCUGAACCAGAGCCGGGAGCUGGCCCUGGCGCGGCGCAUGAAGACCCGGUGGCACUACAAGGAGGUCUUCUCGUGCCGCCAGUGCGGCGCCAUCUCCCGGCAGCCCUCGCUGGUCGUGCUGCACCGCUACCGCCACCGGGGGGCGCCGCGGCCCCACCGCUGCGACUGCGGCCGACGCUUCCAGGCGCGCCUGCACCUGCUCCGCCACCAGAUGCUCCACGCCGAGGCCACGCGCUUCAUCUGCGCGGGGUGCGGGGAUUCCUUCGAGGGCGGCCAGCAGCUGGUGCGCCACAAGGCCAGGUGCCACUAUAGGAUCAGCAUCCAGUGCAGGAAGCCAUUUGUCUGCAGCUGUGGACGGAGGUUUGACCGGCCGUCAGCCCUCCUGUGGCACAAACUGAACAAUUCCAGGCACAAAAAGAGGACUAGAAAUAAAAAAGCACUGUCGCGUCAGAAUCAAGAUUUGCAAAAUGCACUGGCAGCUACUUGACUUACUGUUUCUUUAAGACUGUGAGAACUGUGGGGGGUUUUUUACUUUGUUUCUUGAACUGUUCAUGUUUUUGUUUCUAUGUUGUCCAACACAUAAAGUUCUUUUGAAAGAUAA